AUUAGCGUGUGAUUGGCCCCACCUGCAGCUGCUUAUAAACACAACCCCAUGCAUGUCCGCUAGUAUCAGAGCGACGCGUCAGCAGCAAUACCGGCAGCUGCAGCAAUUCCCUUUCCCUGUGGAUCAACUGGCAGCCUCCUUCAUAAUGUCUGCGGUGAAAUCCGGAGCGUCCCUGCGGGCUCUGGUUCUGACUCCGGAGCGCAUCCCGACCUUCAUCAUCCCUCCCUCACGCAGUCCGUUCCGGGUCUCUCCGCUGUUCCGCCGGAGCUCCUCGGGCCGCUCACGGCUGCUGUCAGAAGACGACGAGGAGGACCCAACCGGGACCAGCCCACCGGGGAACCCGACCAAGCGCGCCUCCCCCUGGCGCCGGUUGUGCACUCCACGGGCCGCGCGUCUGCGCCGCGCUGCCGCGGCAGAGGCUUCCGACGCGGACCCAACGACGCGCGCGGCCAUGUCGCUGACGCACGUCGCGAAGGUGACCACGCCCUACGGCUUCAACGGCGUGCUGGCCACGACUCCCUCCACCAGCAGGCGGGAGUCCCUGUUCCACCGAAGCAGACCCAAAGUGACUGUUAACGGUGCGGAACCCGAGGGAGACCCAGAGGGAACGCCUCCUCCCGCGGCGGUUUGCCCUGACGGUACCGGCCGGUCCCGGGUCAACCUGCGGCCCGUUAAGGCUCUGGGUCUCCAGGUGAUGAGGGAGCUGAAGAAACCCGCGGCUGCGUUGAUGGCUCUGAGUCCUUCAUCCCGCAAUGCACGAUAACGUCAGUCAGGAUUUGCUUGUUUUUAAUCUAUGGGUUUAAAUAAAAUUUUAUAUUUAUUUUAA